AUGUUCUCCAAAGUGUCCAUCAUUGCAGCGGUCUGUAGUCUGCUGGCGGUUGCCAAGGGGCAUGUACUCACGCCGGUUGGACCGGCUGUCGUAACGGCGCAGAGCACACAGGUGUUCGCCCGGAAUUACAACGGAUUCGUACCAUUCCCUGUACCAGCUGCUGCUCCGGUACCGGCACCGAUUCCAGUCCCGGCUCCCGCCAUUCCCUUUCCGGCUCAUGCGGUCCUUGUUCCAGCACCACCGUCCACGUUCUACUAUCCGCAUCCCGUAGCUGUACCGAUUCCUGCUGUGCCAGCUGUUCCAGCCGUUCCGGCCAUUCCCGCUGCACCGGCUCCUGCUGCCGCUGUACCGGCAACCCUGGUGGCCGCUGCCCCAGUUGCCAAGCUGGUCGCACCGGUGGCAAAGGUGGCCAAACUGGUACGACCCAAGCCAUUCCUUACGACAAUCCGUUACCGAUCAGUGGUUGCCUAA